UGAUAUCUUAUUGACCGUGUACAUGGUUCAUUACGGUAAAACAUGGCCGCUUUAUCGGGCGCUCCGUGUAAGUGAGACUUGUUUCUGCCAGAUCCUUCCUUUUCACCAAAAUAUUCACAAUGAUAACGCCUGCGUUUGACCUGAGCCAGGAUCCAGAGUACCUUAUCCUCUCGGUCCGUGUCCCGUACACCAGAACGUCAGAGUUCGACCUCUACAUUGAUGGAGCGGAUGUGAAAUUUUAUGCCAAACCCUACUUUCUGAGGUUAACGCUUCCAGGAAGGGUAGUGGAAGAUGGAAGAGAAAAAGCCACAUUCGACAUUGAUAAAGGACUUUUCACUGUGCACAUCCCUAAAGAAACAUCUGGAGUGCACUUUGAAGGCCUCCAGAUGCUGACAAGUCUCCUCGCUCCCAGAGGGUCCCGCUCAGCAAAGCCUCUGUUAGAGGACAUCAGCCCAGAUUGUCAUGAAAGUGGGGCCAACGAUGAUGCGGAAGAUGAGGAGGAGUCUGACUGGCAGGUGGAGCAGGAAGUGUACGUGGAGAGAUCGGAGGAGGAGCUAAGUGCCCUGCAGAAAUAUGGCUUUGGCAAUAAGAGGUCCGGAGUGUUUGGCAGAUUACAGGAAGAACUCAGUGACGUGGUAGAUGUCAAAAAUCCAGACAGCACAACAACAACGGAGAGGAGACGAGCACGGCUGGAGGCAGAGGCAGAGGCCUUUUCCCCCGAUCAUUACCUAGCUGAUUUGUUUGAAGAUGAUGAGAUCAGGAGACUGCUGCAAUUCAGAUCUUGGUGGACAAAACUUGUUCCUUCACCUGAGCAGGAAGAAGAGCCUGUUAUCCAGUUCAGCAGCGAGGAGAAAGAGCAAUUGAGAAAAUUCAACAACCAGUCGUACCUCCUCGACAAGACUUUGCGGCACCAGGUGUGGCUCAGCCUCGUGGACAUUAUCCUGGCUUACUGCUAUGAAGUGCGCUCGACACAGGGAGAGCACAACGUGGAGUCGCCGUGGACAAUCAGAAAACUCAGUGGGACGCUGUGUUGGCUGGAGACAUACAGCUCCUUGCAGGAGGUCCUGGUGUCAUUCGGAAGAAGGGUUUUAUGCUAUCCGCUCUACCGACACUUCUCCAUGGUGUCCGCUGCCGUUUCUGACACAGCUGCGGUCUUCGGCUCAGGGAGAGCCUGCGUCCUCAAAUGCCUGCUUGAUAUUCACCAAGUCUUCAGACAGAAUGACCCGGCCUACAUACUCAACGAUCUGUACGUCACCGACUACUGUAUCUGGAUUCAGAAGAUCAAGUCAAAGAAGUUGUCAGCCUUGGCCGCUGCACUCCAAAAAGUCUCCCUCCAAAAAAGGGACUUGGAUUUGGAUAUUGAGGAACUAGAAGAGGCGGCCACAAUGGUUCUUGAGGAGGAAGACGAUGCUUCCGAGAGCGCUUCGGUGCAUCAUAGCAGCAACCGUUCCAGUGACAGCAGCGCUUCGGGAGAAGACGACGAGUCUGAAGCCGAAGGGCAAGCCGGCGCUGAAUCCCGUCGCGGAGAGGGAGGGGAGUCAUCUAAGGACAGCCCUCUCAAGCCGCCACACACCUCCGCCGUCUGUGCCGCCAUUCCACUGGAGCGAGCAGCUACGCGGCUGUCGGCGGAGAACAAGGUCCGCAUCCUCCCCCAAGCCCCGCAAGGCGCCGCGCCGCUCAUCCAGGAGCUCGGGGAGCUCAAAAUCUCGGAAGAAUUCCGCGGCGGUCCCGAAGCGGAAAGAGAGCCUUCGCAGAGGAGCGGAGCGCCAUCCGGAGGGAACGGCGGUCAGACUUUGUUUGAGUCGAGCCCUCGCACAAACCCCCUGCUCAUCAUUCCUAAAGGGGAAGAUCCUCACACGCCGGACUUGAUCUCGUGAAGCGCUCAGUGGAGACUCUUUUGAAAUGUAACUUCCCCAUGUAAGUCAUUUCAUGAAUUGGGAUCUCCUUUCAUUUGUGUUCAUUACGGUACUGAUUUAAUGUGUGCUUUCACACUCAUUACCAUUUCUUAAUUUGUGAGACUUUUCUUUGUUUCAUUGAAUUAAUGUUGAUAGCUUUUUUUUUUUUUUUUCCUUUCA